GCUUGCACCCACUUACAAGUAUUACUAUUACCUCGCACAUACAUCCCUAGUGGUCAGUUACGUAAUUUUAAUCGUGCUAAGCGUCCCAGCCAUGGGUCGACUGCCCGUCUUUGUUUCCUCACAUACUGGCGAGUAGACGCACACAUUCCAAGCCCUGACGGAAGCCAACUCACUCAGUUGUUCAAGGACGCUUGGUAGUGUUCAGUUACGGCAGGCCUGUCGCUAAACUCCAUCAGACUGUGCGGAGGAAAAUGGCUGGCUGAGAAAGCAGACGGCAAGUUGGAAGGAAGAAAAAAUUGAGUUCCCCUCGCAUUCCUCAAAACAGACGUGCGGAAACAAACGACUUCAUAAAUAAACAACCAACCAACUACAAACGCCCCUACGGGAUAGCCGGCGGCGCGAACGCACCCCUCUUGUGGGAGAAUGCAUUAAUAAUAUAACUGGAGAUUACAACAGAAAGCAAUUUAAAGGAUACCUAUACAGUUUCACAAAAUGGCGGAAGCGGAAGUUGCCCAGCCCCCGACAGUUACCGAGGACAUUCCCAAAGAAGAAUCCAAAGUGGUAAACAAUGUUUCGCCUACUACAGACACCCCGAAAGCAGACGAUAUGGUCAACGGUGAAGAAGAGACAAAGACUGAAGGUGUUAGCAAUGAAAAGGCAGCAGAAAAUGAAGUAGUGGAAAACGGGGAAAAGGAGGAAAGUAAAAAGGAAGAAACCACUGCCGAAAUAGGGUCUCCAAAGGCCAAGAAAGAUAAAAAGCCUUCCAAAAUUGCAAACUUCUUGCGAAAGUUUAGUUGUACGAGUGGAGAACCCGACGAAAAUAUUAACCCAGAAUCAAAGCCUUUGGAGAAAAAUAACCAGAAUGAUUCUAACGCAAAGGCCAACGGGAAAGAGAAGAAGAAAAAGGAGAAGAAAAAUAACGAGAAGAAAGAGGAUGAAAAAUCGAGCGAGGCUAGUGGCGCGGAGAACGAGAAGGAGGGAAAGGAUAACGUCGUAUCCAACGACGAAGUGAAAGUCGUCAUCACCGAGGCGGAUGAAGUGAAAGUGAACGGAGAGGUCAACGGGGAGGAUGCGGCAGCAGAGGUUGCAGAAACGGCAGAGGUUACAAAAGAAAGCCCAAAGGCAGUCGUCAACGGCAACGCAUCUGAGGACAAGCCCGCUGAAAACGGAGUGGGUGAAGAGGCUGAGGUUACGGUUACAGAGGAGGUUAUUAUUGUUACCACUACUACGGAAGGACUUAUCACUGGGAAAAUAGUUGAAUCCGAAGGGUCAGCAGUGGUGGAGGAGCCAGUCCUUGAACACCGUGAACCCCCUACAGAACCACCCCCGCCCAUCCCAGAAGGCGAAGCGGCAACAGCGGCAGCAGCAGCAGCAGCAGCAGCAGGAGCGGGCGAGCCUGCUUCCGAGACCUCUACAACAGAAAAGGCAGCCCCAACGGAAGGCGGUGAUACCGCAGAGAAAAAGUGAAAGCUUUCGAUAGCAAAAAGGUUGCCAUGGAGACGGGGAACACUACGUGCUUGUAACAUUGUGGGAACGUUUUUGUGUUCAUUUUGUGCUAGUAGAGAACGGGGGAGACUACUGUGUUUUGACAACACUUGGCGGCUGUGUGUGCGCCAAAGUGUAAUAUAUUAUGUUGAUACGUUCACUACAGUAUAAACAUCGUCGUAUUUUCAGUUUUUAUUUUGCAUCACAGUAAAGAAGAACAAAACAAAAAAACAAAAACAGAGAAAAACUGCUGACUUUGGUGGAAAAUAAUAAUCGUAUAAUUUAUACUGCCAUUUUCAAACGACCGUCAACAGUAUAUUUUAUCACAGUAUUGUACAAUUCUGCAUUUCGUAUGAUUUGGAAACUCUUUUUUAAAUAGCGAAUAGUUUUACAUACUUUUAGGAGAAUUUUGAAAAUAUAUAUAUAUAUAUCUAUAAAUAUACGUUUUCAAGUCUUUUGACAAAUAUCAGCAAGUAGUUUUUUUAAUUGAUAUUUUACAGAUGCCACUAUUUUGGGCAAUAAUUUGUAAGAAUGAACAUCGUACAUGCAUGCAUAUUCAUUAAAUUUAAAUAUUCAAGCCGAGCUAUUUUUGAUGAACAAAUUUGAAUCGAGUAGCUGAUAUGGAAUCUAAGCACAUUCCGACACAUUCUUCUGGGGCCAUAUGAAUUGAAAUACUAAACACUCCACUUGCUUAAUCUUUUAUAACGCACUGGACCAGGAUUAGAUGUACAAAUUCAUAGCAUUUGUUCUAUGGAAAUGUGCAUUUACAGACUUGUGGUUCCAGUCUGUUGAUAUUUUAUUUGAUUCACUGGUACUAGUAUUUACAAUGUAACAGACGUUCAUCAGUCUGUUUAAUACAUUACCAAAUAGUUUUGCCUUCUCCCCAUCUCAAAAUGUGAGUAAAUGUGAUUUGAAACUUGCAGUCAACAUAGAUCCGUUUUGAAUUCUUAAAAUUCUACUCCUGGAGAUCUGACCAUAUUCUAGUGGUGAUAUGACCAUAUUCUAGUGAAAAGUUGACCAUAUUCUAGUGGAGAUGUGUUAUUAUCACGUAGUUGUUAGGUGUAAUUAUAAAUUUUCUGUAUCUUCUGCCACACUGGAUGAAAACGCAGAAGACAUUUAAAAAAAAAAUCCAAAAAACAAUUCGUGUCUAGAUAAUAAAAUCUGUCUCUUUCCAUUUUCUCCCAUUAAUCGAAAUUAAUUGAAACACAAAAAUCCCCACAAUUUGAACAUUAUUAAAAAAAAAUCCACAUUUGACUUAGGAAGGAGUUAAAAUGUAUUUGACGAGUUAAUAAUGUAUCGGACCAAAACCCCCAGACAUUCCCAGUGUCUUGAUUCCGAAGUAUAGCAUACCAUGUUGUUUUGUUUAUUGCUUGCCUUAUAAAUACAAGAUGGCGUACAAGUUUGUAUAUUUGUAGAGGAAACAAUCCAAUUGUCUGUAAUGUUGCAAUCAUUGGUGACACAUUUUUAAAAAUCUGCAUACUGUCUGUAACGAUGCAGUCAUUGGUGACAAAUUAAACAUACGCAUUCUGUCUGUAACGAUGCAGUCAUUGGUGACACAUUUAAACAUUUGCAUACCGUCUAUAACGAUACAGUCAUUGUGACAAAUUAUAAACAUCUGCAUACUGUUUGUAACGAUGCAGUCAUUGCUGACACAUUUAAACAUUUGCAUACCGUCUAUAACGAUAGUCAUUGUGACAAAUUAUAAACAUCUGCAUACUGUUUGUAACGAUGCAGUCAUUGGUGACACAUUUAAACAUUUGCAUACUGUCACUGGUGACAAAUUUAACCAUCUACAUAGUGUUUGUAACGAUACAGUCAUUGUGACAAAUUAUAGAAAAUGUGCAUACUGUCUGUUAUGGAACUACAACAAAGAAUAUGUAACCGACUGCUGAUUUUGGUGAUAUAUUUCUUUCCUCUAAGUGUAUGUAUAAUCGAACAAAACAAUUUGAAUUGAAAUUAAAAACUUAUAUAAAUAAUAGUAAAAUGAUAGCAUGAUUUAAAAUAAUUAAAACAAAUAUAAUUAUGACUGUACCAACAGUUAUAACAGUUUCAUACUUUCCAUGUAUUUUUGAAAUCAUGAUUAGACUAUUGGAAAAUGCUUAGGAUUAGUAAUAAUCAUACCAUCUGAACAAAAUUAAAAGUAACUACAGGUAAAUCGCAUUAAUAACGGAUGAGAUUGAAACAUGGUCACAGUUUUUAACUUUUAUUGUCAUUUUUAAAAUGAAUUUUGUUAACUUGUGUAUUGCCUUAACUGUCUUUUUUUUUAAUUGCAUUAUUUUAUUUUGCUCUAUCCAUUAUUAUACAUAUACCAUUGCUCAAUGAACUAUACUGUGGUUUUAACACAACACUGAACCAAUCACGUGCUCAAACUAAAAUAGCCAUUUCCAACCUGUUUGUUCUGAACAUUGUUUGUGGGGGAAUUGGAUGAACUGAUUUUUGUAUUUUUAAUUUUUUGUCCUGCAAUACAGCAAAUGUGAAUACUUAAGUUGCUGUAGCUGAAAUAUUUGCAACCCCCCCAAACCCCCCCCCCCCAAUAGUUUUCUCAAACUAUUUAUAAUUAUGAUUAAAACGUUUUAACCAUCUAUCCGGGACAAAAACGAAGAGAAAUGUGAAAGUCGGCAAAUCAAAGCUUCUUUUAUGAAGCUAUGGAGUCGAUGCUUUCCAAGAGUAUCUCAUUCAGUAUAUUGGGUUGAUUUCUCAUAGUGGGGGAAAUCAUGCUAACUUGCCAUAGCAACAGACAUCCCCAUUUUCGGCAACGUCGUUAACUGUGACGUCAAGAACAGGUCAUUGUUCAUGACAUAAUGACAUUGUAAUUCUUAAGCCAGUUGGUCAUGUUAUGACACUGGCUUGGGAGAACAUUGUUUCUUUGUUGAUAUUUGAAGAGUUUAAACGAGUUCAUCUGGUUCGACCACCCACUUCAGUGUUUACGGUAGAACAUUGGCCAUAGUCCUAUUUUCCAAUAUUGGUUCAUUCUCUGUGUAACUUUGGUUCUGUAUCUAACCAUGUUUUUUUCCCGAUCUAGAUCUACGCACUCACCUUUUGGUAAAUGCAUUUUUUAACAUUUUAUUUUGUUCUUCUUAGCCUAUGUUUUAUUUUGCAGCCGUUCACACCGUUUGCAAUUUGUUUACUGUACAUAGCGUUUUAUCAUAGUAUUUAAAGUUUAGAAUCAUGCUGAUUUACUUUUUUUAGCCUGAAAUAUUUCUUUUAAAAGCAGGUACGUAUGUGUGUACACGGCAUCAGAUUGUGAGGUUAUUGUAUUUAGGUUUUUCACCAGGGCCGUCGUAAAGAAUACCUGGCGUCCUACGCGAGUCGCCAUAUAUGUGCCCCUAGUAUCAUUUCAUAAGCUUAUUAUGUUACUGUUAAAUAUUGAUAUAAAUUAAUUGUACGUCCUCGGCGGGCUGUUGAUUCGCCUUGAGGUAUCACCGGUCCUGUGUUUCAUAUUAUUAAUGUCAAUGUACUGUCAGGUCUGUCAAGGUGGAACGUUUCAGUCGCUAUUGAAGUUAAGAGUGGGCUCAAUACAAAACCAAAACAAUUGUAUUUUUUAUGUACAUAAGAAUCAUCUACAUUUACAUUGUAAAUGUUUAUUGAGACCAAAUAUAUAUAUAUAUAUAUAUAUAUAUAUAUAUAUAUAUAUAUAUAUAUAUAUAUAUAUAUAUAUAUAUAUAUAUAUAUAAAAUAGAAAUAAAAAAUCGGGCACGGUUUAGGGAUUUCAUCCCCAUAAAUUAUUAGUUUUGGUACGUAGGUUUCUGCUUUUACAGGUAUUCCGUACGACCAACAAAUGUAACGCAUUCAAACUGGUAUCUUUGUACACGACAGAGUCCAAAGAAAGUUUAAGAAAAUCCAAGAUCUGGCCUUGUGCUUAUAAAGCUUUCAGUGUAGACUCGAGACUAAUAGUCUGAGACAGUAACGUCAUUUCACUGCCAUACAAAUUACAUGCGUGUGACGUCAUUUGAGAUCUAGUCUGGACUCUUAAUAGUAUUAUAAGCACGGACCCUGCUGUUACAAAUGUUGCUCACUGACCGAUCCUUUAAUCGCCAUGAGUGCGACCACCCGACCCCUGUCACAUUAAUUCUCUUCGUAAAGCUGUCAACUUUUGUAAACAUUGCUUCGUGUGCCACGUCAUGCCUAUAUGUGUAUAUCCAAACAAUAUUUAGUCAUUUUAAAAAUUCGACCUUUUAUCAUGUUUUACAACUCUUAUAUACAUGUUUAGAAACUAUUCAUUAACGUCGUAUCAUCUUUACAUGCAACAAAUGUCAUUGUAGAUGUGUUUAUGCUUAAGAUACCAAAAAAACACCUGUUUUCUUUUUUAAAUAGCUCAUUUAUAAUGUCAUGCCGGUGCUUCACCAAUCACAAUGCUAUUGCAUGGGAAAUGUGCUUUGGGUAACCACCACCACCACCACCACCACGUCACACUUUUAUAGUUGUUUCUAAAUUUUGUAAUAAUUCGUGUUGUUUUCUAACACUCGGUAAAACUCGGCAUUGACCAUCAUCACUACGGAAAAUAACGAGCCGUUUCUUGUCCAAUCGCUGCUACCACUGCUUCUCAUCGUUUGACCUUUUGAGUGACCUUUCAUUCACAAACGGAAACUGGUGCUUUAAAGUCAUUUUUAGUUUUAUUCAGCUGUCAACACUGACCAAAUGGGAUGGAAGUACGUUAUAGGUUGCACACCACCAAAAAAGAGGAGAUAUGGAACACGUUUUUUUAGUUGAGCCAAACUGUUUUUAAAACGAAGGAUCACGUUUCCUCUCCAUCUACACUGUCCUUUGCUCAAUAUUCAUGUAGUUCCACAUUUUAAAGGAUUUCAUAUUUAUUGCUCACCUAACGAAUAACAGACCAGGUUUUAUGAAGUGCUUCUCUUGUGGUGUUGUCAUAUAUGUGCUUGGAGACUUCAUUUUGAAGUAGUCGGCAUGUAGGAAAUUGUUUCCAAUGGAAAAUCGACUGGUAGCGUGCAGCCUAACGUUAUUCCGUGUUUUAACUUAAAUGCGACUAUAGAUCUUGUUAACAACUAUAAAAUCCGUUAAAUAUGUUUGUAUAAUGUGCUAGUACUGGAAAUUAAGUAGCUAGAGGGAAUUUUUCUAUUAGCUCAGUUUGUAAAGAACUAGGCUCUUAUUACGAAGGGUCUGUGGUUCAAAUCCACUAGACGGAGGCUGACUUAUUGGUCACACAUUUUAGAAAUUCGUGACUACGGUCAUUCAAGUUUAUAAGUGGAUAACGGUUUAGAAUAUAGUAAAAAAAAUUAAUGUAUACAUGAAUGUGUUAAAAAAAAGAAACAAGAAAAAACCUUGUCCAAAUGUAACACAUUUAAGUUCGUGUAUUUUUUUUUUUUACCAAAUAAGUGAAAACUGUAAAGUUAUCCAGACUACAAUUUACAUACGUUAGAUGAUACUGCUUUAUAGUUUUGAAGAUCAGGCGAUACGUCAAGACAUUAAUAACGCAGUUGCUGUAUUGCUGUCAUCACUGAAAUAUUUUUAGUGUGAAUCAUCCUAACGUGUGGCUGUAUUUUAAUUUCCAUUGUAUAUCUGAAUUUCUAAAAAUAUUUUUAAAAACCUACGUCUGCUCACUAGUACUGUAAUAGACUAACAUCCGCGUCGCAUGUUAAGUUAUAUACACCAUAUAUAUAUUGGUCUCCCAUUUUGAUCCUCGCAACAUUAUUGCAGGCGUCUGUAUAUCAUGUUUUCAUGUUUCUGUGUUGGUUUUUGCAGCUAAACAUUUUUACAAUGUACUUUUGAGAAUGCUUUUGUAAAAUAAAAAUAAUUUUAAAAUUUA